AUGUCAUGGUGGUAUCCGCAACGUAUACAGUACAUGAAUUUGUUGAAAGCCAUAUCAAAGCAGUCAAUAUCUACAGAGGAGCUGCCAGAUGUCAUUAACAAAACGAUACAAACUAUCGAUAAUUUGGUGGGACGUAGCUCAUACACUGCUCAGUGUCAAUUGUUCUACGAAUUUCUCCCUUCAAAAGUUAAUGACCAUCAUGGAUUGCGCGGUCACCUAAUAACCCUGUGCAAAGAUAACCUGCAUAGUUGUUGGGUUUCAGUUCAAAAGUCUGGGAUUGAAGAAUUAAUCGAAGUAGAAAGACUCAUGGGUGAAUCGGAUCCACAGCUACCACUGCAACGAAGUGUGCUCGCGUGUUUCUGUGAAAUGACUUUUGUUUACCCAAAUACUUCAUCCAGUGAUGCACUGGUAGAUCAAAGUAGUUGGCUGCUGGCUGCAGCAAAUAUGGCUCUGUACAUUUUCCUACGAUGUGAUGCAUUAAUGGGAGAAGACAUGGAAUCUGCAGUGGCAAAUGACGUUUUGAAGUCUUUGCUUCGUACCUCUGACGGCUUACCUAAGUUUGCUUCGAAGUUCUUGAUUCCACUGAGGAAUGAUCUUGACACUGAGUGUAAUCGUCUGCAAGCCAAUGCGUAUGCUUUAUCGAAUGAUAUUCAAAAGGCCGGUGAUCACGAACAGAAGAAACAGUUCGAGGCUUCGCUAAUGGCAAACGAUGCAACUUUACUCCGUUUGCGCCUCCUGCAGGUCACAGUUCAGCGUCUUUCUGAUUGCUACGAUAAAUUCCACAUUGCUCAAUAA